GUGUAAGAAGUAAAUAAAUAAAGCCGAUAUCAUCGCUACCCUAUUUCAUUUUCAACAAAAUCGAACCAGCGCGGGGGUGUGUUAGCCAUGGAGCGUUUCUCCCCCACCACCACACUGUUCCAUUUCUUCCUCUUCUGGUUCUGCUUCUGGUUCUUCUCUUCCACACUCGCCGAUCACACUACCACCACGCUCAAAGGUUUUUCUUUUUUCCCCAAUUUCAAUUGCUACUGCAAAUCUUGGAGUCUUGAACGCCGCCGAAUGCUGUCUCCACCGCCCAUUGUAGUUUAUGUUAAUAUUGAAAGGCCAGUUUUGGAUGUAUCCCCUUCCCCACUUUCUGGGUAUCCAGCUGCUCAAGGGGUCAAAAACAUUUUGAAAUGUGAACGUGUUCAAGUUUCUGGUAUCUCAAGAUUGAAACUUGGGAGCUACGCUAAUUCAUUCCAUAUUACUCUGGCUCCAUCUGUUACAAUCCCAGAGAGAUUACAUAAUAAAAUUCAGGUUUGUUUCCACAGGAAUAAUACACUUGGAUGGUGUCAGUGUGAAAAGGAUGAAUGGAAGAGUGUACAGAAGGGGAUCUGGGAUGUUGUUAUGUCACCUUAUGAAACUAGAUAUGUUGAUGUGAGGAUUGAUGGUGACAUAUCAGGGCCUGUUACAGUUGCGCUUGAAGAAGAUUCUCAGCAAUGGCGCCUCGUUUGUCUUGCUAUCGGGCUGAUUCUGCUGUUGUUGGCUCCAAUUCUUAGCAAUUGGGUUCCAUUUUAUUAUAGCAGUUCGAUGGCUAUAGGAAUUUUUCUUGUCAUUAUAAUCCUUCUUUUUCAGGGCAUGAAAUUAUUGCCAACUGGAAGAAAAAAUAUCCUUUACUUUACCAUAUAUGGACCAGUGCUUUGGGUUGGGAAAUACCUGUUACACCAAUUCUCUAUGAUCGCAAAUUCAAUACUUCAGAGUUUUGGGAUGAAUGAAGAGAUGCACAACUUAGUUACUUUUAUUGUCCUACUGGUUAUCGUCUUGGCUGGGGCUGCUUUAGGCUACUGGAUUGUUAGGAGAUUUGUUAUUUCAAAAGAAGAUGGUAGUGUGGAUGCUGGGGUUGCUGAGUUUGUGAAAUGGGCAAUGCGCAUUUUUGGAUACACCUUCAUUUGGCAGAGCACUCUAGACCUUACUCUAGCAGUUGGAGCGUUGGUCUCUUCUGUAGCUGUUUGCGAACUUGUUUACUCGAUACAAUGGCUUCAUGAAUGGUAUGAAACUUCAGGGAAUGAUGAUUAUUCACUGGAGUGGAUGAAAGGAACACGUGGUCGUGCUGAAUUCCUUGGUAAGUCAACCCCUAAAAGAAAGAUGUCGAGAAGCCCUCAAGGAAAAUUAUGGAACAGCCCUAAAAGAUCAUCAUGGUCUGACUCCCCUGUGAGAGGUGUUGUAUCUCCAUCUUCUGGGAUUUCGCCACUAUCCUGUGUGGCUCAAGUAGAGCCGGAUUAUUAUUCAACCUUCCACAAGACUCGCAACAGAAAGAAGUUCACAAAGAACGAGUGGGAUGAGUUCACUAGAGAAUCCACUAAGCAAGCUCUAGCAGAAUGGGCAGCAUCUCCAGAAUUCACUGAGUGGGUCAUUGAGCACGCAGACCGGAUAAAACUCGUUCCAAGUGAGAAUUCAGACGAGGCAAUUGGAAGUGAAUCAGAUUCCACAGAGGUGGGAAGUGGGAAUGGAUUUCGGCUUUUCAAUUGGUGGUGACUCGAGUGUGAUCAAGAAUGCACUAACAAGUAGACAUUGUUUUUCCCAAUAGUUAGGUUACAUUGACAAGAGUGUGUACUUAGGGAGGAAUUUAGGUUUGUUCUAACCAGCAUGUAGAUAGUUUUAUUAGUUCCUGAAUUUUCCAAACUGCAAGCCUGGAUAAUCUUGCCAAGUUUAUUGUUACUGCAUCGGUUGUUUUGCCACUUUUGUUGCUUCUCUUAUUUUGUUUUCACAAUUUUUAGCAUUAUGUAG